ACCUGGGGCGGGCGAACAGCGCCAACCUGCAGCCUAGAAAGUCUCGUUCAGUAAAAGCGAGGGGAGAAAGCCCGAGCAUGCAGAGUGUGAGCCUCUGUCUGCGAAAGCAAUGCCUUUGCCUGGCCUUCCUGCUCCUGCAUCUCUUGGGACAGGUCGCUGCCAUUCAGCGCUGCCCUUCCCGGUGCCCGGCCCAGUGCCCCGAGACGCCACCGACCUGCGCCCCUGGCGUGAGCGCGGUGCUGGACGGCUGCUCCUGCUGCCUGGUGUGCGCCCGCCAGCGCGGCGAGAGCUGCUCGGAUCAGCAGCCCUGCGACGAGAGGACCGGCCUCUACUGCGCCCAAACUGGCAUCUGCAAGGCACUAGAAGGAGAAAACUGUGUGUUUGACGGCAUCAUUUACCACAGUGGCGAGAGCUUUGAGCCAAGCUGCAAGUAUCAUUGCACCUGCAGAGAUGGGCAGAUUGGCUGUGUGCCCCGCUGUCAGCUGGACGUGCUGCUGCCUGGCCCUGACUGCCCAGCUCCACGAAAAGUUCGGGUGCCCGGACAGUGCUGUGAGAAGUGGACUUGCGGCCCAAAUGAGAAGGGCACGUUGGGAACCCUUGCCCUUGCAGCCUACAGGCCAGAAGCCACCCUAGGAGUUGAGGUCUCUGACUCAAGUGUCAACUGCAUCGAACAGACUACAGAGUGGAGUGCAUGUUCCAAGAGCUGUGGUAUGGGUGUUUCCACCCGGGUCACCAACAGGAACCGUCAGUGUGAGAUGGUGAAGCAGACUCGGCUCUGCAUGGUACGGCCCUGUGAUCAAGAGCCUGAGCUCUCGACAGAUAAGAAAGGGAAAAAAUGUCUCCGCACCAAGAAAUCACCCAGAGCUAUCCAUUUACAGUUCAAGAACUGCACCAGCCUGCACACCUACAAGCCCAGGUUCUGUGGAGUCUGCAGCGAUGGCCGGUGCUGUACCCCCCACAACACCAAAACCAUCCAGGUGGAGUUCCAGUGCUCUUCAGGACAAAUCAUCAAGAAACCAGUGAUGGUUGUUGGGACCUGCACCUGUCAUACUAGUUGUCCUCGGAACAAUGAAGCCUUCCUCCAAGACUUGGAGCUGAAUGACAGCGGAGAGGAAAUGUAACAAGUCCCUCGAAAAGCACACCUUUAGGGGCAAACUGUAGCUGCCACAUGACCCACCAUCAAACAAGUACACGAAUAAGAAAAAUAACAAAGAAUCAUUAUUUCAUCCUAAGUCUUAUGCAUUUUCUGUAAUUAUAUAAGGUCAUUUCUAUCUGUAUUUUUUAUGAAACGUAGGUUAACUAUAAACAUGAAAUCAAGGUAAGCUCAGGAAAGGGCUUAGAGAUGACUUCCUUUCUUAUAAUGUUUUUACAAAUGCAACUUUCCAUAAAUGCAAGAAAUCACCAUAUGAUUUCCUUUGUAGACCAUGUUACAGCCUUCUUUUUUUGUUGUGCAUUAGUGCAAUUCCAAGAAAACGUCAUUGUAAUGAGUGACACGGUGAAGUCUAGGAUCAUACUAAAUGUAUUGUCAUACAAAUAUUUCACCAUAUAUUGAUGUUCUUCUCUGUUGGACUCUCUCUUUGUAGCUCAGCUCUGAACUUCCAAGCCCAAGAUCCAAGGAAGCAUACAGUUCCUCAAUGUGAAAUCUAGAGACUGUUCAUUUCCAUUGUGCACUAGGAAAUGUGCCAUAGAAACGUAAUGAAAUGCUUGUUAACUAAAUGGACUGGUGUUACACACUUUCUCCACAUCAGACAAAUUGGCUCCUUCCCUGCAGAGAGAAGCCAAAUAGAAACCUCCCCAUGUAGCGUUGACUGGGCCUUCACAGCCCUCAUACAUUUGUACAUGGCUAGCUGCCAAGGCUCACUAAUUGUUGUUGUUGUUGUUGUUGUUGUUGUUGUUGUUAAUUCAGCAGAUGUGGGGGAAUAUCAGCAGGGAUCCUGUCCUCUUACUAAUAAGUAAACUGAGGCCCAAAGCACUUGAUGACAAUCUCUGAUGACUUUCAAGUGUGCUUUCUGUAGGAUUCUACAAAAGGUGAACAGCAUCACCAUGACUGUGGUGAUGUGACACUAUGAAUUUUAUGGGCGUUUAGGAUUCUUUUAGACAUGCCCAACUUGUCCUUGGGCUGUAAUUAUGAAAACUAACAAGCAAAAAAAUAUGUAUAUACAUGCUACCUGCAUCCAGUUUGCCAGGCUACAUGAUAUGCUGCAGAAUUAAAUCUAUACAUUCUUCUGAUGUCAGCAAAUGGGUUCCACUUUUCUCUUUUAAAGUAUUUAUAUAUAAAAAUAUAUAAAUUAUACAUUUUGUAAAAUAUUCUUUUUAAUUUCUGUACUUGUCAGAUAUCACUAAAUAAACAUGAUCUCAGCGG